CCCGGUCCCGGUCCCGGUCCCGGUCCCGGUCCCGGUCCCGGUCCCGGUCCCGGUCCCUGUGCCCGCAGCCGCCAUGAGCCAGUUCAACUUCGGGUCGGGCGCGGCGGGAGGCAGCUUCACGUUCGGCACGCCGAAGACGGCCGCCACCACGGCCACGACCGGCUUCUCGUUCUCCACGCCCGGCGCCCAGGGCGGCUUCAGCUUCGGCGGCGCGGCCCAGCCGCCCGCCAGCAGCCAGCCCGCCGGGCCCUUCUCCUUGAGCACGCCGGGCCCCGCCGCGCAGCCCGCUGCCGGCUUCAGCUUCGGGACGCCGGCCCCGGCUUCGGCGGCUCCGGCCGCGAACGCGUUCCAGCUGGGGGCAAACACACCCAAACUGACGUUUGGAGGCAGCACGGCAACUCCAGCGACUGGCGUCACAGGGGGCUUUGGGUUUGGUAGCUCUGCACCAAGCAGUGUGCCCUCAAGUCAAGCAGCAGCCCCUUCUGGCUUUGUGUUUGGAUCUGCUGGCAGCACCAGCAGCACCACCGCUCAGUCGGGCACAACUGGAGGGUUUACGUUUUCCAGCGGUACCACAACUCAGGCCGGAACAACCGGCUUCAACAUCGGCACUGCAGCUCCGCAAGCAGCACCCUCAGGGCUGACCUUUGGAACAGCAGCUGCAGCUGCUGCCACCACCGCGGCCACCUCAGGAGCUGUGACCCAGUCAACAACCCCCUUCAGCCUUGGGGGGCAGUCGGCAGGUCUAAACUUUGGGUCAUUGACUUCAACAGCAGCCACUAGUGCACCCACAGCAACACUGACCGCGAGUACCAGCCAGGGACCCACUCUGUCCUUUGGAACCAAGCUUGGAGUAACAACCACGGCUGCUACAACUGCCGCUACCACCACAACCUCCAUCGUUGGUUCGACGGGGCCUACGUUGUUUGCAUCUGUAGCGAGUUCUUCAGCACCAACGUCAUCUACCACCACAGGCCUCUCACUUGGUGCCCCUUCCACUGGGACAGCCAGUCUUGGAACACUUGGGUUUGGAUUAAAAGUUCCUGGAACAACAGCUGCUACCACAACCAGCACUGCCACGAGCACCACUUCUGCUUCUGGCUUUGCUUUGAAUCUGAAGCCGUUAAGUACAACCGGUGCCACUGCAGUGGGGACUUCUACAGCUGCCGUAACCGCAACACCAGCCAGCGCUCCUCCAGUGAUGACCUAUGCCCAGCUGGAGAGUCUGAUCAACAAGUGGAGUCUGGAACUGGAAGACCAAGAGAAACACUUUCUCCAUCAAGCCACGCAGGUCAACGCCUGGGACCGGAUGCUGAUAGAGAACGGCGAGAAGAUUACAUCAUUACACAGAGAAGUGGAGAAAGUGAAGCUUGAUCAGAAGAGACUGGAUCAGGAACUAGACUUCAUUCUGUCACAGCAGAAAGAGCUUGAGGACUUGUUGACCCCUCUGGAGGAGUCUGUGAAGGAACAGAGCGGGACGAUCUACUUGCAGCAUGCGGAUGAAGAACGGGAGAGGACCUAUAAACUGGCUGAAAACAUAGAUGCUCAGUUGAAACAUAUGGCACAAGAUCUGAAGGACAUAAUUGAGCACUUGAAUACAUCAGGAGGCCCAGCAGACACGAGUGACCCGCUUCAGCAGAUCUGUAAAAUCUUGAACGCGCACAUGGAUUCGUUGCAGUGGAUUGACCAGAACUCAGCCAUGUUGCAGAGAAAGGUAGAAGAGGUGACAAAGGUUUGUGAAAGCCGCCGCAAGGAGCAAGAGCGCAGUUUUCGAAUCACGUUUGAUUGAAUGAGUCCAAGUUUGAAGGAUUAAACUAAAACCUGCACAGAAAACAGAGGUUGUUGGGGACCUAUGUCUCAAAUCAUGUGUCUGUUCCUUUUUUUUCUUUUCUUUUUUAAUAAAGUCAGUUGUUUGUUCCCAA